AUGUCUUCGUCAACACCAUCGUCGCCGCUGCCCGUCUCCACCUCCGCGCCGAUGACCACCGCGUCGAUGACGUCCGCCCCGAUGACCACCGUCGGGGCCCCACGAUGUCGGGCCCGGUCACCACCGCGGGCUCCUCACCACCGCCGUCCCCCCAUCACUGCCGCGCCGCCGCUAGCCGCCGUCUUCACGCCGGAACAGAUGACCAGGACGCUGCAGCAGCUCGUGACGGCCGUCCAAGGGCUCCACAUGAACCAGUACCACCAGUACAUAACAGGAGCGUACGGCCUUCCGCCGGCUGCACCGAUCGCCACCUACGGCCACCCUGUGCCAUGGCUGUUCCCGGGCACACCCGCAGGCGGUGGGCCCCCGCUGUUGCCGUUCCAGACGGGGAACUCCAGUGGGCCACCACCAGCCGCCGCGGGCCUGUGGCAUCUGCCGCCGCCAUCAUCGACGGUGCCCCUCCGGCACCUGCAACCAUUGCCGUCCCCGGCAGCCGCUGCCCCCGUCCAGCCCCUGUUGCUGCCGCUGCAACCACCGGAGCCGCCCCUGCCAAGCUCGGGGGCACCCUCGCCGACCGGCCUCCCGAUCCAUCAGGUCCGGUUCCCGCCCUCCCUGUCGCCACUCCCAGCGUGGGCGGCUGGGUCUUCGCCAUCGCCGGUCUACACCACGGCCCUCGAACAGCCGACUCCGUUCCCGCACUCGACACGGCGCUCCGACCCGCCAGCUCGACACGGCGCUCCGACCCAGACACCGCCGCGGUUCGCCAAGAUCGACUUCGCCACCUAUGACGGCACGGAGGACCUCCUCAAGUGGCUCAACCAGUGCAACCAGUUCUUUCGCACCCUCACAUCGGAGCGUACCUGGCUCGCCUCGUACCACCUCCGUGGCGCGGCACAGACCUGGUAUUACGCCCUCGAGCAGGACGAGGGCGCCAUGCCCCCUUGGGAGCGCUUACGCGAGCUCUGCCUCCUUCGCAUUGGGCCUCCGGUUCGCGGGAGCCGCCUGGCGGAGCUCGGCCGCCUUCCCUUCACCUCCAUGGUGCAGGACUACGCCGACCGUUUCCAGGCCCUGGCAUGCCAUGCGUCAGGUGUGACGGCGCAGCAGCUGGCCGACCUCUUUGUCGGUGGACUUCCGGAUCACAUCCGCGUGGACGUGGAGUUUCAGGGACCCUAG